UUAAAAAGCUUAUGAUUAAAGUUUCGAACAUUUAUGAUAUUUUUAUUAAUAAUACAUUGUACUUAAUGUUUGUAAAAAUUACUAUACCUUGUGAAAAAGUAAAAUUUACUAAAACCGUUAAAUAAAUAUACAAUGUCACAAAAUAAACAGGAAGAAAUGAGUGCUGAAAAUGAUAGUAAUGAACUAACGGAUGAACCUAAAGGAACAUUCAUAUCAAACUUUCUUCAAAACAACAUCAAAACUAAUCAACUCGAAAUUAAUACGGAUGUUAGAACAUUUCGAACUACUGCGAAACUCAGAGAACCACGAGACUUAUUUGCGCUACCAAAAGAACUUGAUUGUCCGCAACAAGCACCACGUUGGCCAUCUGAAUGUCAAGUGGUUGAAGAAAGAAUACAACAUACAAUAUGGAGUCCUGCAACACCAGAGGCCUACUACACACCGACUGGGAAGGAGUUGAGACCUCAACCAGUAGGUGAAGAUGCGGGAACGGUCAUCUUUCAAUAUUAUCCGAUGAGCGCUGUGAAUUAUUUCAGUCGUUCCACUGUGGGCGGUUCUCGGCUGUAUUUGUCGGCAUGUGCGACUGCUAGUGGAGACGAUGAAUUAAGAUUUGAAUCUCGAUUUGAGAGUGGUAACCUAGCAAAAGCAAUACGCAUCACAUCAGAGUAUUACGAACUACAUCUUCGAACAGACCUUUAUACCAAUAGACACAUGCAGUGGUUUUACUUCAAGGUUACUAAUACAAAAAAACAAAUGAUGUAUCGAUUCUCAAUAGUAAAUUUAUCAAAAGCAGAAAGUUUAUAUAAUGAAGGCAUGAGACCUUUAUUAUAUUCAACAAAAGAUGCACAAUUACAUUCGAUUGGCUGGAGACGAUGUGGUGAUAAUAUUGCAUAUUACAAAAAUGAUUCCACAUCGGAAGAGGAAGAACAAUUUCCCAGCUAUACAUUAACUUUUAACAUAGAAUUUCCCCAUACUGAUGAUGCGGUAUAUAUUGCUCAUUGUUAUCCAUAUACAUACUCAGAUUUACAAGAAUACCUUUCAAGGCUUCAAGCACACCCAAUCAAAUCAACUUAUUCAAAACUACGACUACUCUGCAGAACAUUAGCCGGUAAUAAUGUUUAUUACUUAACCAUCACCGCUCCCCCGAGCACAAAUGAGUUGGAACAGAAGAAAAAGAAAGCUGUCAUAAUAACGGCAAGAGUACACCCAGGAGAAACUCCGUCAUCAUGGAUGAUGAAAGGAUUUAUGGAUUAUUUAACCGGGGAUUCCAAUCAAGCCCGCGAAUUGCGAGAGAAAUUUAUAUUUAAAUUGGUGCCUAUGUUAAACCCGGAUGGUGUAAUUGUAGGCAACAAUCGUUGCUCAUUGACCGGAAAGGACCUAAAUAGACAGUAUCGAACAGUCAUAAGAGAAACUUAUCCUUCUGUAUGGCAUACUAAAGUGAUGAUUAGAAGAUUACAGGAAGAAUGUGGGGUUGCAAUGUACAUAGAUUUACACGCACACUCUCGAAAACACAAUGUUUUUAUUUACGGGUGUGAAAGCCGUAGAAAUUCUGACAAAAGAUUACAAGAACAAGUUUUUCCAUUGAUGUUGCAUAAAAAUGCAGCAGACAAGUUUUCAUUUGAAAAUUGUAAAUUUCGAAUACAACGCAGUAAAGAAGGUACUGGUCGAGUGGUAGUUUGGAUGUUGGGGGUAGCAAAUAGUUACACGAUGGAAGCUUCUUUUGGUGGGUCUGAAUUAGGAAGUAGGAUGUCAACACAUUUCUCAGUUCAAGAUUAUGAAAGUUUGGGACGAACGUUUUGUGAAACAUUAUUAGAUUUCUAUGACGAAGACCCUAGCAAAGAAAGACUGCGAACAAAAAUUGUGACACGGCUUCUAAAAGAGGGGUCAAAUGCAGAUGAGCCUACAAACAUUGAUCUUUCAGACUAUUCGAGUGAUGAGGGAGAUACUUCUAGCAGUAGUUCUGAAGCGGGAACUUGUAAAGAAAUGAUAACGCAACCAGCACCACCUCCUUCACCAAUGUUUCCAGAUAUAAAUAGGAAUAUAACAGAAAAACCAAGAAAACAGCGCCCCAAAUUGGAAAAAAUGAAAAGAAUUGAAAAAAAGAAAACAAAGCGUGAGACUUUACAGGUAUCGAGAGCAACAAUAGAUCUGACAUCAGAUGCAAUGACAGAUGCUUCAUCUGAUGAAUCAUAUGAAGAGAGUCUUAGUCCGGUUAGGAGAGUUCAUAAGUUCCUACAUUCUUCUACAAAAUCAAAGCCGCGAAGAAAGAAAAAGAUGCCUCCAGAACUUAAAAUAAUACCAGCACCGACAAGCGACUCGCCAUACCACUCCGACCGUGAGAAGAAAAUUCAGAAGUGUGGCAGACCUCGAAGCGUUUCAAUGUUUAAUGAAUCAAUUGAAAAAUCGAAAUUGAACCCAGCUUCAUGGCACCAAUUUCGAUGUUUACCGCCUCCAAAAUGCCUCUCAGAUAUUAAGAACAAAAAUACACAAACACAACCAUCAGAGCUUCAAGUGAAAUUAAGCUCACUUAAAAGAAAUGUUUGGACUGGAGUGCAUGGAGAGGACAAAGGACCAUUAUCUUGGGGCAUAUCCAGUUUUGCUAUGAACUCAUAUUUUACAGAUAGUGAAGCCUUAUUAAGGUCGUGUUCUAAAAAAUUAGAAGAACUAGAAGGAGAAAGAAAAAAAUGUGCAGAUGAAAAGAAAAAAAAGAAGACUAAAAGCAAAAAAAUCAGUGUAAAAGUUACCAAUUCUGGAGAAGAUAUAUUAGAACCCACAAAUAAAUUGCCAAAAUCCUGUAAGAAAAAAGGAAAGUUAAAACAUGCAAAAUCUGAAUGUUCACCAUAUGUCAGUAACACUAGCUUUACUGACAUACCUCGAAAUACACAGCAGUCAGUACAAAAAUCAAUCGUUAAUGAAAAUAAACAAGCAAAAACUAGAUUUAGAAAAAGUGCCUAUGUAACAACUGCCAUACAAACCAAAAAAUCAAGCAAUAAGAAUAACAUUACAAUAGCAUCAGAUCAUUCUGAUUCAGAUGACUCAUGUCAGUCCACAAAAAAAGUAAUAAAGAAAUCCAAAGACAACAAACCAAAGUUGAAAAAAUCUAUAUCAGAAAAUAAAUCAAAAAAUUAACCUGUCUUUUAAUUCCUUAUAUGAAGAAAACGACAAAGAUUACAUUAAUACAUUAUCACACUGUAUAAUUAUUAUUAUUAUUAUCACAUAAAACAAAAUGUAUAAUUAAAUUGCUUCAUGAAAUUGUUUAUUUAUAAUACAUAGUUUCAAUUAUUUUAAUUAAAUAAAAAGAUAUUAUAAUUUGCUACCCCUAAUGAAAGAAUAUGUUUUCAGAUUUUCUCUCCAAUGUUUGUAUAUUACAAAAGACAGGGUGGUAUGGUUUUAAUGAUUAGCCUGUUAUGUUUAUGGGUGAAUAAAUAAAACGAAAAUUACUAGCAAA